UUUACCGGGUUCUUUGCAGACCCUUCACCUAAACUUUCCCUUCGAGUGCGCGAAGUACGUUGUUACUGGUGUCAGCCGGAAGCGUAGCGAUGUCCAUGCUGGUAAAUGAGAACAUGUACGGCAGUAGUCCCUACGCUCAAGAGGACUACGGUGCGCCACAACAAGGCAUGGCAGCCCAACCUAUUCCAGGUCUGCGGCCUCGUGUGGACCCUAAUGCAGCUGGUGACGUGGACCUAAAUCUGUACCCUGAAGCGAAAGACAGCACAAAGAAAGUCCGUGGUCGAACGGACAUAAUCGAGAUGCUGUUCGGAAAUAUGAGCCAGGAGUUGCUCAUGGCCAAGACAUUUUACUUCUUCUUUUUCUCCGCUUUUGGGUCGUUAUUCCCACUUAUGGGCGUGUACUUCAAGCAACUUGGGUUGAACCCUGUCCAGUGCGGUCUCUUGUCUGGACUGCGCCCCUUGGUGGAAUACAUUGCCGUUCCGUUCUGGGUCGGCGUGGCGGAAAGGAUCCUUCGGAGCGUGUUGAUCAGAGUUGAUUUUUCGUACCAUGCGAUUUCUGCAGCCCGGAAAGCUGCAGCCUCGGUUGCAAAAGAAACCAGGGGGCUUGCAAUAAACUUGCGUCACAUGAUUUCCAUUGGGGCAGGUUUCCAACUUGCCCAUGAGCUUAAACUUGAGUUUGAGCUGCUCUUGAAUAGCCCUGAUGUCGGAUCCAAUGAUGUGCGUCUCAGACGCCUUAUUAUUACUGUCUUGGUGGACCUUGAGCUUGAGGAGCUUAUUCUCCGCAGACACACCCUGGAGUUCAGUUUCGAGGUCAUUCGCCCAGCCUUGUUCGUCACGAACUGUGGCCAGUUCUGCUUGGGCUGCCUGGAGUUGCUGCUUGAGUGCUUGCGGGUUUUUUGCAGUCUCGCCAAGGGAUCGGGUUCGUUGUUCCACCUGGCUGAUUCUUGCGUGGAUGUGCUUCUUGUAAUCCCCACUGUCGUGGUUGAGGAAGAGGAGGAAGCUUCAUUUUCGUCGUCGUCGUCGUCUGCUGUUUUGAAGUUGUCCGAGUCGGAGUCUUCGCCGAAAAAUUCAAUUGAAGAAAAUGUGAAAUUGCGAUUUGUUGGGAUUUUUGGUGAAGUGAGCGUUGUGCGACAUCGUCGACUGGGGUUUCCUUGCAGCGGGGAAAGUGAGAAUUUCCGAAUGAGCAGCAUUGAUUUCGAGGUCGUUGAACCAGAUUUUACGGGUCGGCGACUCUGA